CCUUUCAGCAGCAACAUGUUCAGGUUUGUACUGAUUGCAGCGCUCGCCGCUUUCUCCGUUGAGGCUAUCCCGAGGAAUCGUGCGGGAGUUCCUCAACUCGAUGGAAGAAUUGUUGGAGGCGAGGAUACGCAAAUUGAAGAUUACCCGCAUCAAAUUUCGCUUCAAUAUUUGGACGAGCACAAUUGUGGCGGCUCAAUCAUUGCCCGCAAUCUCAUUUUGACUGCUGCUCACUGCACGGUUGACUUCGGUAUCACUUUUCUAAGCGUCCGUUAUGGUAGUAGCAUAAUGGAUAAAGGUGGUGUGGUACUUAAAGUUGCCCAAAAAUUCGAUCAUCCCAGUUACGAUGCAGUCACCACUGAUUACGAUGUUUCAAUCCUCAAACUGGCCGGAAAAAUUGAGCUGUCAUCCAAGGCUCAGAUUGUAAAAUUGGUUCCAUCUUAUACCCCAGAAGGAGGUAGAGCCGCGUUUGUAACCGGUUGGGGUGCCCUUUACUCCGAUGGUCCAUCACCUCAACAAUUGCAAGUUGCCCAAGUCUUCGAGGAAGAUAGAGAAGUCUGCGGAAAGGCAUAUCGCGGUAAAAUCACCGAAAGAAUGAUCUGUUUCAAGGCUGCCGGUAAAGAUUCUUGCCAGGGAGAUUCAGGUGGCCCACUCGUCUCAGGAGGUGCCCAAAUUGGUGUCGUUUCUUGGGGACACGGAUGUGCUGACGCAAGAUAUCCCGGUAUAUACUCACACAUUAACAACGCUCAACUGAGGAGAUACAUCGUGAACCAUAUCGAUUUGUAUGCCACAAAUUGAGCUUGAAGUGGAACAUUGGAUAUUGCUUUGAGCAAACUGCAUUUUAACUAUUUUAAGAUGCAAUUAGAAAUAAAUCCACUCAUAAUGCG